CACCAUUGUUGCGAUUGAAUCUUGUGCUAAGGUUUGUGAAGUUUUCAGUUUUCCUGUAAUAUUUAAUAGUUUUUGAGAUUACACGUGAAGUGGUAUGAUAGUGAAUAAAAUGAAAUUCAAUAACAAAUCCUUAAAGUAACCUCUAGGGCAUAUUUUAAAACACUAAACGCGUUCAAAAUGUCACGCGAAGUGAGCAUCACAUCCGUGAGUACCAUACUUCGCUCGAACUCGAUGUGAUAUAUAUGAAAAUAACGUGACGAAAACAAUAAAUUAGAGUAUUUAUUAUAAUGCAACGAUUAUAACUGAUGUUGGUGCAUUUUGUGACAAGCGUGUGUCGAUGAAAACAUUUCAGAAUUUUCUGUACACGUCGUAAGGAAUCGCAGUUACGCGAGUGAGGGCUUGUAACUCGCCGGUAUCAUUAUGGUGGACUGAAGGAGUGUGGUGUACAAUAGGAGUUGAAUACGUCGUUAUAGUGCCUCCAGGACUUUGCACAGGAUGUCCGGUGGCUCGCAACAUAACCCAAAUGGGAGGCAGUCGCAACUAGGAUCCAGUUGGAGUCCUUUACAGUUACAGGUGGCGAACCUGCUGGCGCGCGCGCCUCAAGCGCACAUGGCUUCUGAAAGGGGUGUCACAUGGCACACACCCACUCCGCCUCCCCAUCUCUAUCAUGUACCGGCGCCCUCACCCCCUGAUCCUCUUCAAAUGAUACAAUUGCAGGCAAUGAAAGCGGGCGGCAACGCGGUAUUUCGACACACGGCGACGCCGCCCGACCUCUACCGGCAUACCCCUACGCCGCCGGACAAACAUCUCAUGAGACACACUCCAUCACCCGGUGAUGUGAAGGCUGGAUCGGGGCUACCUCCAGCUGACUUGUAUCCACAUUUGGGUCCUGGGCGAGUUUCAGAAAAACUUGUCCGGGCAGAAGAAUUAUUAGCAUACGCCCGUGGAGGCGUGGACUUGACGGUGGGUUCUCGUGGGGCCAACGGGUCGCCCCAUGCCCCAGCCCUAUCCGUGCGAGAUGCUCCAACAAUAAACAGCCUUAUAGCCCGCGCAGCGCCACGUCCGUCGCACGCGAGGGUUGAUGCUCUUCUGGAGAGAUUGUCUGCCCCUGCCCCUUCGUCGCCUCAUUCUGUGAUUGUGCAUUCUAGGGCGGCCCCUACGCCUUCGCCCCCGUCUUCUAAUGAGGAUUCAGCCGACUCCUGUGGAGCUCCUCCAGGUUCAAAGCGGAAAAGGAAACCAGAACGCACGAUACGAGUACCCAUUCCACCUCCGCCAUCGGAUAUGCCACGUCCUUUGCCCGUACAAAAUGGAGACACUCACAACGGGCCCGAGAAACCUGUAAAACAAAAUGAACCAGACAAACAGGAUAAACAAGACAGACCGGACAAACCGCCCACCCCCGAAAUGCCAGAACCACACGCGAAAAGAAAAACCCGCGCAGAUUCCUCAGAAACAAUAGACGAUAUCGCAGCCCUGAUAGCCAACACGGAACGAAGAGAUAUCCCCACUGAACCAUUCCCGGAACCAGAAACGCCCAUCACUAUUGACAAACUCAAAAGUGUCCUAGCUAGUCCCGAACCGGAGAAAUCGCCAGUAAAAACACCCCCAAAGUCUCCACCUAAAUCACCGCCGAAGUCGCCAAAAGAACAAAAAGAAAAAUCGCCACCGCAGAAAGAAGAAAUAGAACCGCCUCCGACGGCAGCUGCACCUAGACGUAGGAGCGCCAGAACAAACUCUGAAUCCACGAACGUUCCAGUGGAAUCACCCUCCGAAGCCAAACCGGCCGAACCCGAAGCCAGCGAAACGAAGAUGGCGGAACCCACAUCGGCGUUCGUGGAAGUCGAGAAUCAAAUGGAGAAAAUGUUUGGUGGUAUUGAGGAACCUACUAAAUCCAAAGCCGAGGAAAAGGCCAACGCCAAACCGAAGAAAAGACGGAAAUCUGCACCCACGAAAGGCGAGAAAAAGGCCUCUAAGCGGUCUAGCAGGCGAUCGACGGGGGAUGAAGGGCCAAGAAGGAAGGUAGCGAGGAAAAAGGGGACAAGUAAGAAAGAGGCUUUGAAGGACGCGUAUGACUCGGGAAGUAAUGCCAGUUCCAGCCGGUCAAGAGGGCCUUACAUUCAGAUCGUAGGGCCACGAGACUCCCCAGUAUCAGUAGCAGUGGUUAACGCAACGGCGACGGAAGACGACAGACGUACGGCGGACGAAUGGAGGAACGGGCUCAAAGCUCGCGGACUUCACGCGAGUACUUUGGGACUGAGAUACGACGCCAGUACUCCUGAUGCCUCGUGGCUUUGUGCCUUUUGUGAGAGAGGACCGCACCACGCUGGCCUAGGAGACCUAUUCGGACCCUAUACGGUUGACACCACCUGUGAUGAAUUUAGAUCGCUUGACGAAUUAUCACAAAACCGUUUCCCUAGCGUGGAAGCGGGGGCAGAAGUUUGGUUCCACGAAGCGUGUGCCGUAUGGGCCCCAGGGCUCGUUGCCAUCGGUGCCCGAAUUUGGGGCCUCGCGCAAGCCGUUUGGGGCUCUCGGGCCUCAAAGUGCGCGCAUUGCUCCACGUCCGGAGCGCCGAUAGCCUGCGCGACCAGAACUUGCCGUGCUAGGGCUCACUUGCCCUGUGCUCGCACAAACAAGUGGCAGUUGGACGAUGAGAACUUCAAGGCUGUCUGUCCUCGACACGCUUAGCACACUGCCUAAUAGUGAUAGUGUUACACCAGUGAUUAUGAAAGUGUUUGUGAAGUGAUUGAGACCAAUUUUGGUGACUGUUUAAACUUGAGAUUGGUUAGACAUGCACUUGUUUGGGUUUUGGCCAUAGGGUACCCACAAGUCUUUCAGUUUGUAUUGAAGCCCGAGUGUGAACUUGCCUGAUAAGAAAAGAGAACAGAUAUGCCUGUCCCCACCUGGAUUAGGGGACAUCAGUUUUUUGAAUGUAAUGACAAAUGGAAAUUAUCAUUGACCUUGUAGAACGAAAUCUUGAAUUUAGGCUGAUGGACCUUAUCAAUAACAAUUUUUUUAAUGAACCUAACUAAAUGUAUUGUAGGUCUUAAAGACCUAAUUUGUAUGUAUUGUGGUCUGUAAUGCAUUCAUUUCACCUACAAACGGUCUCCCUGUACCUGUGUGACAGUCAUGCUUCAGUUACCGUAAUAAUCCAACUUAUAUAGUAUAAAAACUCGGUUCUUGUUUCAAGGGACCAAAAAUUAACUUCCGAACGCCUAAUCCCUUUAUUCUAUCAUUGGUUUCUAUGGAAUAUUCUUGAAUCUUAAUUAGUAGCUUGUGCGAUUUAGUAUUUUAGCACAAAUUAUUUGUAACGGGUGAUAGAUCACAUGGAGUGGAUGCGAUUAAAAAUUCAAUUCGUUUAUUGAAUUAUUACAAUUUUGUAUAAAAUUUACAGUAUUUUAUUGAGCUGUCAAUACUCAAUCGCUUUUAAUGGUUUCAAAUUCUUUAAAUACUUUUGUAUCUGAAAUUGGAAUCUCUGAUAAAAUGUCAAUCAUGUUUCAUUUGAGUAAUUUUGCCAAAUAAUUCUUACUGAGAUAGAGAAUAAAAUUAAUAUAACCAGAGGUGUUCUGAUGCCAAAUGCUUAAAUGCAUUUUCUAUAUUUUUGUGAUAUGAAUUUGUCGUAACAAUUAUGGAUCUUGGUUUUUUAAGUAUGUUGUAUUAUGGUGACGAAAACUUAAUACAGUUUAUAUAGAAGUAAGAGUCAAAUUUGGAAGUAUCACUGGCGGUAUAACAUACCAAGUACAUAAUAUAUUUAGUAUAGAUAAUUGUAGAUAUAUACUUUGUUAUAAAGUUUUAGAAGUAAUUUAUGAAUUGCAGCAUCACUGUACAUAAGUCAUGGGAUUGUAUAUAUAGUGUAAUGUAUAUAUCAGUUGUAGCAUCAGAACACCAUUUAUUAGUUGUAGGUAAACUGUACUAUAUAUUGUACAGUUAAAGCCUCAUAGGAAAAUUCUAUACAGGUGGAUGGAGAUGAAUUUAAACAAAAAUAAAGUAAAAUUUUAAUACAAUAUAAUACAGUUGAACAACAUUUUUAUUGUGAGAAUUGUGUAUUGAAUGAAAGAUUUCAUCAGUUUUAAUAGAAUAAAGAAAAUGAAAUGUCCUUAGUAUGACAAUACUUUGACAAAUGUUAGUUGUUUGUCUUGGCAGUAAGGUCAUACUUGAAAAUGUUGCCAGUUUUUUUACUUAUGAAUAAAAUAGUACUAUGACACAUAGACACCUGUAUAGUUUUUAGACUGUACUUUAUAUUGUAUAGGCAUAAACGCCAAUGUUACAUAUGGAAUAAAACUAUUUACUCUAUCAAAACUGUGUUUAGUUAAUAGUUACCUAUUAGUUUCACAAACAAAGCAUAAUAUUUGGUGUUAUAACAUGACCACAUGAAAAUCAUCUCAAGUAAUCAUUUUUUUUAUUAAUUUAAUAUCAAAUCACUUUUUGUGUCAAAUACGACAGGCUUUGUAUAUACUUACUAUAUACUUCAGUAAAAUUUAUUGUUAUAUAUAAAUAUCAACUGCUAUUAUGAUGAGUACCGGAGAAAAAAAUUCAAAUUUGUCGGAUUCACGAUAUAGUAGAAUUAAAAGAAUAAAGGACCGCUUCUUGUUUUAAAAUUUUAAAAUUUUUGAUAGUUAAUAUACCAAAAUUUUUCUAUCGUGACGUUAGUGCAUGUUCUCGCCCCUUUAUUUCACGCUAAUGAUUGUUAUGUUUCCAUAAGUCAUUCAUAUAGAAAAUGUAUUAUUCGUUUUAAAACCAAUACAGUUUUAGAUAAAUAGUUUUAUUACAAUAUGUAAAGAAAUCUGAAGACAGUAUUUACUAGAACUAUCCAUAAAUUAAGUAAAAAUCGAGCUAGGGAAACGUCGCGCGCGAUUUUAUUGUUAAUUAAAAUUAUACCAACCAAUUUAAAUUGGUUGCUCUAAUGGGUUUACAAUAAAUGUGAUGGUGUAUUUUAUCAGUUUCUGUGUUGACUUCAUAAAUCGAAAAUAUUUAUUUUGACAAACUAGGACAUGAUGUUUAAAAUUAAAGAACAAUUACGAUGAAUUAAACAAAAUAACAUGUAUGGGUAAGAUUCAGAGUCAAGACAAACUAAACAACUUCUGUAUGUCAAAUACAUAUUUCGACACACGUGAUAUUUAAAUUGACUUUAAGCUUUACCCAUAAACGUUCUAUAUGCCUUAUAUGUGUUCUGUCACUGUCAUCUUUCAGAAUACAUAAUCACUAACACAAAAAAAAUUGAAUGAAAUUUGCCUUAGUAUACGCUAUCGCGUUUAUUGUAAACCUACGCAUGUUCUAGAAAGAAAAAUAUGUAAAGAUAUAUUAAUUGUAUCUAACAAUAAAGGACAUUGUUGCCAUCAGCUACCAAACUAGUCGCCAAUUUUUAAUUUCUUUAAGGGAUGGAACUAAUGUAUGAUUUAUCUUAAGUCAUUAAAAGCUCGAAGAAAUACUUAAAUGCAGCAGUGUUACAAGUUUAUUUUGGCACGUGAUAGGAAUCGAAACUCAUGUGAUAAUAGGUAACUCUUUUUUAAUACCGAAGAUUCAGUAUUCUUUGCGCAAUGCUUAUAACUCUUUCAAUUGCCAAAAUAUUCUUGUAAGACUAUCUAACUGUAUACUUUUUAUCACAUUGUAAAGACAGUUUUUUAGCGUAUGGCUGAAAACUGUUUAACAGUGUUGCCCGUUAACAAAUCGAGACUUCACAGAGUAAACAACGCAGCAAUAUCGCAAAUGCAGGAAUAUACAUAUUUUUAAACAUGUUAGACCUCACGUGUCACUAAGGAGGAUCUUUUCAAUAUAGAUUUUUUAUUAGAUAAUUGAUUUGAAUAGAAAAUUCUCAGAAACAAUAAAAUUUAAACUGAGCAUUUUUGCACUAAUGAAAAAAUAUAUUUACCGGUCAUGGCGGUUUACACUAUUAAAACCUUAAAAGAUAACGAAAUUUUUUAAGCAUUUGUAUAUUAUGCUUUGAGUAGCUUCAAUAAAAUUUUAACUAAAUGAAUUUUAGCAGGAAUGAGGUGUAAACUAAUCAUACUUUCCAGUGAAUUAGAAUAGAUGUAGAAAAGAUUAAGGUACAAAUUUAUAGUAGGAAUGAUCAGGCCAGUUUAGUGUUUUAAAAGUUUAUUCAGACAUGAUGGCGCGUAGAUGCGAACAAUAUCGGAUACUCCAAAGCCUUUAUAAUUGUAAAUGGUGUAAUUUUUUAAACAAUUACGGCAAAUUUACGUUAAGUAUGUAAUUGUUAUAAAUUAUAUUUAUCAUGACAUUAUAAGCAAAUUGAAAUACAACAUGUUUAAAAUGA